AACCCGUUUAAAAAUGUGGAUUAACCAGUCGAGCUGAAUCCCACGGUCAGUCCUGAGCUAUAGUUUGAAAAAGAAACAGAAGUCGCUUAGCGAAAUCAGGUGCUAGUUCAAACCUGACGAGACACAGACAACAAGAGUCCGCAAGUUCAAUCGGAAACGCGUCUCUCGCAUCAAGAUGGGCGUCGUUAAGUCUAAACAGUUUAAAAAGACUCCACUGGUUCUCCUCAUGGGUUUGGACUCAGCUGGGAAAUCUACUUUGCUGUACAGACAGCAGCGUGGUGUGGUGAUGGAGACCUCUCCCACUGUGGGCUUCAACGUUGCAACUGUAGAGCUGGACAAGAAGACCUCGCUCUCCGUGUGGGAUGUUGGGGGACAGGGAACCAUGAGGCCCAAUUGGAAAUACUAUUUCGAGGGAUGUAAGGUGCUGGUCUUCGUGGUGGACAGCAGUGAUCGUGCCAGGUUGGGAGAAGCCCAGACAGCCCUGAGGAAGAUUCUGAGUCAUGAGCAUUUGAGAGGAGUUCCCCUGCUGGUGCUGGCUAACAAAAAAGAUCUGCCAAACUCUCUGACUAUUAGAGAGGUGUCUUCAUCGCUGGACCUGGAUAGUUACACAGACCGGGUGUGGGAAAUCCAAGCCUGCAGCGCCCUGAAGGGACUGGGUCUCCAACAAGCCUUUCUCUCUAUAGAUAAACUAAUGCAUAAAGCAUAAGCAAGAUACUAAAUGGCUAACCAGGCAAUACAUAGAAUGUCUCCUUUUAUUGAAGCGUAAACUUACUAACAAUCAAAAUGAAGAGGCAUAGCGCCAAGAGCAAGAAUGUUGAGAAAUAAUGCACUGAAUGAACUGCUGCACUUGUUUAUUGUUCUUGUGUGUGCUGUAAAUAUUACGUGUUACUCGUCUUCCUGUGCUGCACUUAGCGUAUGCACUGUAGUUAUUGCAAACAUCUUUUCCCUUGUAAAUAAAUGACUAUUUUG